GCCAAAUCCGGGUCUCUUCAAGUCUUGCAGUCAUGCAUGUCUAUCUCCUACCCACAGAAAUUUUAAUCUACAUAUUCACUGUCAACGACGACGAAGAGAGCUACAAUCGCAGACCUUUUUUUGCUCAACUUGCUGUUCUUGCAAGGACCUGUAGGAAGUUCAAAGAGCCUGCCCUUGAUAUUCUUUGGAAACACGUAUAUGGGUUCAAGCCGCUCAUCUCAUGCCUGCCUGAAGGCGUCAGUUACAUAGACAUGGCAGGAAACUUGACGCUCCGAAGGCCUUUCCUAGCUGGAGAAUGGAGACUGAUCCAUCAAUAUGCACGACGUGUCCACUCCUUUGCGGUCAACAGCUCUCAGCUAGACAUGAUAGACAAUCAUGUCAUGCAAGCACUCAUGUCUGCCCCAUCAUCCACAUCCCUCUUUCCAAAUCUUCGUAGAUUGCGUUGGUCUGAUGACCGAGAACACUUCUUUCCGCUCUUGCGCUACCCUCCUUGGGUCAACUAUCACAUCAAUCCGGGUGGGCUUUACAUCUACACUUCCCUCGUUUGCCCAAUCUGCGUUAAAGUUCAGAUGCAAUUUGUAAAGCUCUGUCUGGCUUGCGGGAGCUUUGCCGUCUUGAAACAGGGACCCUCGGUCCACGAGAGUUUCUUUCGUCUGGCUUAUUUACCAUCCCUCAAGUCUCUGUACUUCAGACUGAGGACGUACGACACCCACGAAAUGCAAUCCAACUUCACCCCAACAAUUUCCCCCAAACUCAACGAAGUAGACCUCACUGCAUCGUCACAGUCCGUCGUCGAACACUUUCUCAGAAAUGUCCCUCUUCCCUCCUGUCGAUCAGCGAAGGUGUACAUCGAUUACGAUGAUUUGGACGAUGAGCCCGAGGUCCCAUAUGAUCCACUGCAUAUUCCCGACUUCGUUGUCUCCCUCUCGGAGUGCUUCUCUCCUGCUCUUGAGAAACUUCACGUCGAGUUUGAGUUCGAUUUCAGCACCUAUAUCGGAGAAGGCAUAAUUGCCAAUCGCAGCUAUGUGCUUGGCUUUAACGCGGUUGCCCCGUUGAUGCCCUUUCAUCGGUUGACAGACUUACGGCUCGAUUGGAUGUGUACUUCGGCCAUUAACGACGCCUCGUUCAAGACACUCGUGCAAUCCUGGCCUCAGCUCGAGCAGUUCCACUUUGGAGGUGCAGCUUAUUGGCUGGUCCCGCCGUCUAUGACCUUCACGGCAUUCGUCCACCUCAUCCGACAUUGCCCGCGCUUGCACACCGUUCAAAUGUCCUUUUGUGCAACUCCGGUCGACUAUGCCAACGAUCCGUUCUUUUUUGAAACCAUUCCCAAUGAGAAGAUCAUUACGCUUUCUGUGGGGAUGUCUCCGAUCAGCGAUCCCUGCGCCGUGGGCUAUAUACUGCUUAGAUUGCUGCCCAAGUUGGGAGAUGUUGAUUUCCUCGGCUGGCUUGAUGAUGACAUACCCGUGCAACCGCCAUUUGAACAUCUUGAGGACGGAUGGAAUGCUGUGAAUGAGAUCCUAGCGGCUAAUAACCAGCGCAGAUUGAAAUAA